AUGUUGCCGGAAAGGAAGGAGCACGGAGGCGCACUUCGGGCCGUUCAGGAGAGCGAGGUCAACCUUGAACGACGAGAUCCCUCUGCCACCUAUGAUUCGGAAGACCGGCACGGACCCCGAGCCAUCACCGGGGCCACGUGUCUGAGCACCCGCCCCGUCCAGGACUUGGGGGGAGACUCGGAGAAGGGACCAGAGGGCGAGCGUGGUGUUGGGGGCCAGCGGGGAGGCUGCCGGACCGACCAGGAAGGAGAGGAGGGGGGGCCGGGGCUGAGGCUGGGGAGGCCUCCGGGCCUCCAGAGGAGGCCCCCGGUGUUGCGGAGGGCGUCCCGCACCGGGCUGCGGGGACUUCGUGGGGCCGGGACAGAGGGCCUGGUGCACGGCCGCCCCCUGGGGAGGGUCUCUGGGGGGCGGGGGGCCGUCUGGGGGGCUUGUCUGAGCCCGUCUCUCCUCGGGUCAGGCCCCCCGUCAGCCCGAACGCUCCCGAGGCCCCGGAAGAAGCGCACCGUGUACCUCAAGGAGCAGCUACAGGCGCUGGAGAGACACUUCUGGGCCAACCGGUACCCGAGCUACCAGGAACGCGCGGCCCUGGCGGCCGGGCUCAACCUGGACGAGCACCAAGUGCAGGUGUGGUUCAAGAACCGCCGGGCCAAGCACUCCAGGCUGCCCAAAGGGCGAGGUCGGGGAGCCAGCGCAGCGGCGCCCGGGGGCCGCGGAGUCGACGUCCCCCAAUGUGUCCCUGCCCCUCCCCCCGUCCUUGUUCCCGCCCGUGUCCCUGAGCACGCCCCGGUCGGGGUCCCUGUCCCUGCUGGCCCCGCGUUCCCUGGGGGCCCAGGCGCCUGUCACCCCGCUCCGCACAGCCCCCGGAGGAUCCCCCCCGCGGCAGAGCCCGGCACCUGCAGCCUGAGCGCCGCCCCGCGGGCCCGGCAGGGGUCCGUCCAGGCUGCACCAACCCCGGCCCCGGCCCCGGCUCCCUCCCCCGCCCGGCUUCAGGGCUGCUCCGGCUCAGACAUCUGGCCAGACGCCGGCUGCGUGCUAGCCCCCAAUUUCACAUCGGUCGUCUCCCCCCAAGACCCCUUGGAGGGAUCCCCUUUCCCCUUGAUGGCCCAGUCCCAGGAGGGAGACGACCCUGCAGAGGACAGAGACUCG